AGAACGUGUAGCAGUGAAUUUUUGGUAUCUACUACGUAGCAGGAUGACAAAGCAGGCGCCUUUGCAAGGACGACGUCGAAUUGAUUAUAUGUGUUCACUUUGACGGCUCGGAAGAAUUUGAAUAUGGGUCUGUUGAGUCUAUUGCUUGGGAAAAGGAAUCAUCGAAGGAAAAAGGAAUUGGCGUCUGUCUAGUCCAUCGUAACUCGUAGAUGCAAAUUUGGGAUCGGGACAUCGAACAACUGUAAGACAAGGAGGAUCCCUCAUUCUCACCACCCCUCACCAACCACCUCUCUCGGUCUCUGUCUCUGUCUCUCAACUUAUUUUGAAACAACAUUCAACAAGAGUAAGAUUUUUCUUCUUUUUUGUAGUCGCAAACGCUUUUUCUUCGUUGUGUCUUUUCUUUUAUACUUUAGGCUCUAUUCUGCACUGCUUUUUAUCGUGACACCUACUACCAUAAACAUAGAUUCUAAGACUUGUGCACUAUCAAAACUUCUUCUAGUAGUUGCUUGUCGUGGUUUAGUACCACUGAUAUCAACCUGUGUGUUCAAUAGAAUCACACAUCAUCUCAUCUACAUCAAUAGAGUGACACAUCUCAUCUCCAUCUUCUUGUUCUUUUAGAAGCAUGCUCGUGCAGGAUACUAAGGAAUUCAACUACGACGGCCUACCUCUGACAACAACUACAUCUAUCUUCAAGACGAAAUAAACUGAGAAUUCGCUUCUAUAUCGAGACCAGAUCUUCACCACAUCGAUCCGCCACCAGAUCCACGACAUCACCAGAAUGAUGCUGACUUCCACUCCUCCUAUGUCUCCGAUUCGGAAGACGAGGGAUGAACGUUUUCGCAGUAUUUUUGGUAGCGCAGGAGAGCCAGGAGCACCUAUGAAACUGCCUCGUACUAAAGAGUCUUGGUGCCCCUUUCCUAGCGAGGAAACGCGGGACUACCAGCUAACUGUUAGCGGCCAUUUUGCUGGAGGGAAUAAGUUAUGACGUAGAUGUCUAAGUGUAAGUCUAAGUCUAAGUCUAAGUGAGCUGGAAGAACAAUUUGUUGGAUAAAUGUCGUUCAUCAAUUCACGCCUUUCACAGUACUACAGGCCAAUAAUCAAUUGUGGUUUACUAGGAACAGUUCCAAUCAGGGAUGGCGAAAAAUCAGGUCCCAACAUGCACUUUCUAAUUCUCGAUUCCUCAGCAAGCCUCGAAUCUUUCUAAUCCUCUAUUCCUCAACCAUCUUAUUUCUGUUGCAUCUUUGCGAGCUUAUUUCUAUUGCAUCUUCCACUAAGAUCAUCUUAUGAGUACGUGAAAACCGAAGAUCAGGGCGUGUUGCUUUUUCAUCUUCCUUUAUUUCCACCAACUAUAUCCUCUAAUCCUCUAUUCUUCAGCAAGCAUGGGAUCAGAACCUGGUAGUAUAACCUCCAGUUUUCUCGUCAACGUCGAUGAAGGAAGCUAUGCAUUUGUCGAAAAGAACAAGGCAGCAGCAAGUGAGCUAGGAGGAAGAUCUUCAAGCUCUUUUUCAUCUAGUAGUGGACGAGGGCACCGUGGCUCUACACACCGAAGGAACGAAGAACAGGCUUUUCAACCUAGUCCUGUUGUUCUGGAUGUGAAGUUUUCUGCUAUUAUGGCAUAUUAUUAAGUUGAAGAUUUUAUUAAAUAGUGGUGAAUCAUGGACCUGGUCUUUCUCAUCAUGGUCGCUUGGCCCUAUAACUAUUCGAAAUCUUCAGGCCCUAAAGUAUUCGAGGAUUUCAUCUCAUUGCUGUCUACCUGAAACAUAAUUGCUAUUCACUGAAUUAAUCAUCAAAAGCAAACCCUACUCAUCUAAAGCCCUGAUCAAGUCCAGCUUGGACGAGGAUGUCGAGAUCCGCACACCGAGGAAGAUCCAGAAGGUCCGCGAAAGUAUGCGGGGAUCGGUAGGCAGUACAACAGUGGGGUCUCCCUUUGACGACUCCGCUAGUGGUCGCUUCUCAGCGUCUACGUCUAGGUCCGACAUGAAGCGGACAUUGCGAGAGCGAACACGCAGUGGAGAGCGCGUCCGAGGGGGUGUACAGCAGGGUGGAACUGUACAACAGGGUGGCAGGAAUAGUGCCCCUGGGGGUGGCGUUCAGGGAUAACAUAGAACAUGAUGCAUCAGGCUCCUGGUGGUAACACACCUAGAAGUAGUAUGUAAUCAGUCGUGUGUGAAAGGCUGAAAGUAGACGAUGUUCUUGAAUGGGAUUGUAGGUACUGAAUUUACAGUGUUCCUUUUCUAACUGAACAGCAUUUAUAAAGAUGUAGUAAGCAGAUUGUCUGUUUGUGCAUCUAGAAUAGAAAGCGAAUCAUGAUAGUCGAACUAGAGGUAUUUUUCUGUAACAUAAAAUGAUUGGGUCUUUUUGGGGCUAAUGUACUUAAAUGUUUGUUGUAAAGGGAAGAUGUUGUGAUCAUCGAUGAAUGUUAAAAAGGUAAGAUGUUUUUAAGAAAGGUAUCAAGCAUCCUAUUGGAAGCUACGAGUCUACUUAAUUCAAUUGUGCAUAAAAGACAGUAAUUCGCAGAGCAAAAAAGACAGUAAUUUCGAGCAUUACACAGAGCAAUGAUGUACAUGAAC